CUACUGAGCAAGAAGCAAGGAUUGAAAAUGUGGACCAUGAAACGCCAGACAGCACCGCCAAAAUGGUCUGAGGACAAUGAUGGACAUAAUGGGCGUGACGCCUUACUAUGACAUAAACACUUCAGAUGCCGGCAUCACAAACGGCACAUUCUACGAUGACGAGGACGAAUACGACUACAAGGACGACCACGCCGAGCUGAGGCAGUCCCUUAAUAUCAUGUCUCUCAUCGUCUAUUGCUUGGCUUUCGUGCUGGGCGUGCUGGGCAACGGCGUGGUGAUCUGGGUCACCGGAUUCAAGAUGAAGAAAACAGUCAACACCGUAUGGUUUCUCAAUCUCGCCGUGGCCGAUUUCCUCUUCACCGCCUUCCUUCCCUUGAGCGUGACGUACACCGCCAUGGAUUUCCACUGGCCCUUUGGCAAGUUCAUGUGCAAGCUGAAUAGCACCAUCAGCUUCCUCAACAUGUUUGCAAGUGUCUACAUACUGAUGGUAAUCAGCAUCGACCGAUGCGUGUCUGUGGUGUGGCCCGUUUGGGCUCAGAACUACCGCAGCGUGCAGAAAGCAUCCUGCGUAAGUGUGGGUGUUUGGGUCCUGGCGCUGAUUCUGAGCACUCCGUACUUCAUCUUCAGGGAUACUGGACCGUCGUACAACAAUGAAGAAAUCAUCAACUGCUUCAAUAAUUUUGCCUUCUCCGAUGAUUAUGUCACACUGCAUGUGACCCAGCUGCGCCACUUCCGACAUCAGGCAAUGACCAUGACUCGCUUCUUUCUGGGAUUCGUCGUUCCCUUCACUGUUAUCGUUUCCUGUUACGCCGUGAUUGUCCACCGAUUGCGCAGGAACAGGACCUUGGCCAGCCAAUCGAGUCGCCCCUUCAAGAUCAUCGCUGCCGUCAUUGCUACUUUUUUCCUGUGCUGGGCGCCCUAUCACAUUCUGGCACUAAUUGAGUUGGUCAAUCACAUGGCUGAUUAUGAGAGUGAGAUAUUGGAUCAUGUCAUCACUAUCGGUGUCCCCAUAGCUACCAGUCUAGCCUAUCUCAACAGCUGCCUUAAUCCGCUGCUUUAUGUGUUCAUGGGACAAGAUUUCAAGGAUAAAGUGCGUAAAUCCAUCCUGAAAGUACUGGAGACUGCUUUUCAGGAAGAGAUUUCCCGCUCAUAUACCUUUACAAACUCAAUGGUCACAAGUCGAAGCAAAGACAAGUCCCUAUCUGAAGCUGAGGUAUAAAGCUUUCGAUGUUAGCUACUGGAGUUGUACCUAGCCGUGACAAAUAUUCACAGUUUUUGCCGUAACUGCUACUAAUCCACAACUGCAAUAUUUACAAUGUGAUUACAUUUGACUGUUCAAAUCAUUGUAAGCAAGCUGUGAUGCUUUGUUGGGCGAAGCAUUUCUGAUGUUUGUGUAGAUACUUGCCAUAUCUUGAGUUAGCUUAGGAGAUAAACUGAAGUCUAACCUGGGUUGUUUAUUAAAUUCAAUGCAAUUGUUGUUAACAAUUAGGCCAAAUGAAUGGAAGUGAUAAAUCAUAUUUUGAAGUAAUGUAGUGCAUUAGUUCAUUAGUUGGCUGCAGUGCAAAACGUUGCUGUUUAUUCACUCUCAACUACAGAGUGGCGUGAAUAGCAACAGCAAGUCAGGAUACAUGCUUAAUGCCAACGUCCACUACGCAUUCAUACACAUUCGCUCAUCUUAAACAUUUUAUUUCCUUAGUUCUUAACUCAUACUGAGUAUUUAUGCAAAAAGUGUCCAACUAAAUUUGUGCAAUUUUUUAAUAUGGGACAUUUCAUUCAAAUUUAUGUGAAGUGUAACUAGAAUUUAGAACAAAUAAUUACUAUUGUGGAGAAAGCCAGAAGAAAUAGGUCACAUAUACAUGUGGUAAUGGUAGGGCUGUUUUGGUGCUGAUGCUGUUUUUCCCCCCAAUGAGAAAAAAAGAGACAUCUUUUUGAAAGCAAGCAUGUACUUACCUUAAGUGAUUGAUGCACUUAAUUCAGACACAACAUCCAUCAGUGUGAAACACACAAUUUGAGGAAAUGAGCCUAAAAUAAUUGUCAUUACACAAGCCCUAUCUCCAAGUAUCAAAAACGAAACAAGAAUUGCAGUGUUAACUCUGAUAUAUAUAUUUUUACCUUUUCACCAUAACUGGAAUAAGUUACAUUGCAUUCCCUGCAUUCUCAUUUAUGAUAUACAGGUCUUUGUUUGCAAUAUUAAAAGGCUUCGUCAUCUGUCCAACCUAAUGUUGUUAGUUGGGUGGAAAAUACAACAGCAAUGACUAUGUUUCAAAUGUAAAUACACGAUUUUCAAUGGACAGUACAAUACUAGUCAUUUGUAAUGGCAGCUGAAAGAUACACUAAAUUUGAUGUAUAUUUACUACAUGUCCUCUGUUAGGAGUUAUGGAC